CACCCCCCCGCCGCCGCCGCCGCCGCCGCCGUCCACCGCACUCCCGGGGGUUUCUCGAUCCACCCCGGCCCCCUUCACGCCCCGCCGCCGCCGCCGGCCCCCGCCCGCCCGCGAAGAUGUUGGAGCUGAGGCUGGUGCAGGGGAGCCUGCUGAAGAAGGUGCUGGAGGCAAUCAAGGAGCUGGUGACGGACGCCAACUUCGACUGCUCCGGGACUGGCUUCUCGCUGCAGGCCAUGGACUCCUCCCACGUCGCGCUCGUCGCCCUGCUCCUCCGCUCCGAGGGCUUCGAGCACUACCGCUGCGACCGCAACCUCUCCAUGGGCAUGAACCUCGGUAACAUGGCCAAGAUGCUCCGCUGCGCGGGCAACGACGACAUCAUCACCAUCAAGGCCGACGACGGCUCCGACACCGUCACCUUCAUGUUUGAGUCACCCAAUCAGGAUAAGAUUGCGGACUUCGAGAUGAAGCUCAUGGACAUCGACAGCGAGCACCUCGGGAUCCCCGACUCCGAGUACCAGGCCAUCGUUCGCAUGCCCUCCUCGGAGUUCUCCAGGAUCUGCAAGGAUCUUAGCAGCAUCGGUGACACUGUUAUUAUCUCUGUCACCAAGGAGGGUGUCAAGUUCUCCACUGCUGGAGAUAUUGGAACCGCAAACAUUGUUUGCAGGCAGAACAAGACCGUUGACAAGCCUGAGGAAUCUACCAUUAUAGAAAUGCAAGAGCCGGUGUCACUUACCUUUGCUCUGAGGUACAUGAACUCCUUCACCAAGGCAAGCCCACUGUCAGACCAAGUCACCAUCAGCCUCUCAUCUGAACUGCCAGUUGUUGUUGAGUACAAGAUUGGUGAGAUGGGCUACAUUAGGUUUUACUUGGCACCCAAGAUUGAAGAGGACGAGGAAAUGAAGGCAUGAUUGUGUUUCAAGGAUCUGCUGAUCUUGCCUACAAUAGCUGUUAUCUGGCACCCAAGAUCGAAGACAAGGAAAUGAAGGCAUGGUUGUGUUUCAAGGAUAUUCUUAUGUUGCCUACAUUCCCCUAGUUGUUAGUCGUUAAACCGACCUCCAUUUGCUUAACGAUUGUUUGUAAGCAAAAAUGGUGUUAUGCUUGUUUUAGCUAUUUAGCUACUUGUAUCUGUGACUGUUGGUCCAUGGAUUUCCAUUGAUGAAUGUUGGUCUUUUAGCUACUUGUA